CGCUCCAUCUGUCUGCCAUUGAUCCGUAUCGGCUCUGCAGCGAUUGAUUAUCUGGGCUCACCAGAAACCAAUCAGCUGGUUCCGAUCCGUUCUUCGUGUGUGUGUGUGUGUGUGUGUGUGUGUGUGUGUGUGUGUGUGUGUGUGUGUGUGUGUGUGUCCUGAUCAGUGGGAACUAGCUGGUUCCGAUCAUCACAGAUGGAAUGGAUCUCAACUUGUGGUGGUUCUGAUCCAUCACGGAUCUUCAGCAGUACCAGAUAGUUCUGAUGAGUUCUGAUUGAUUUGAUGUCCUCACAGCUAAUGAGCCUAUUGAUCCAAUAAAUGCAUGCUGGGAGAUGUAGUUCCCAUCUAUCAGAGUGGAAGGUCCAGGGUCCACCAUUGGUUCCGGUCCUGGGUUCAGUGUAGGUUCUCUGGGUUCCUGCUACUGGCUCUCAGGUGUGUCUCUGUUCCAGGUGAGGUGGAAGUGGGCGGGGCCUGACCCGCUCAGCCACUGUCUGAUUGGUGGCCUGUGAUGAUUGCGACAGGCGGUCUGCUGAGGAUCAACGCGCGGCGACAGGACUCUCUGAGGUCCAAAGCACACAGAUCCCACCCACACAAGAAGAAGAGCAAGAACAAAAGACGUAGCGAGGUGGUGGUGGUCAAGGGGAAGCUGAAGCUGUGCUCCAUCUCGGGUCUGGUGGCCGUUCUGGGGAUCCUGGUUCUGGUGGUUGGGGUUCUGAUGGCGGCUCUGGGCUACUGGCCCAGGGAUGGACUGUUCUUCAGCUCCCAGCCACAGGAGGGCGCCACUAUGGCCUUGACUUCCUUCAGGAGUCCGGCACCAGCACUUGUUGAAGACCAGGUGAGAGUUUACCUGAGAAAUGACUUCAACCAAUCAGAGACCGUCAACGGGACCUCUCGAGAUGUUCCACAAGGAUUUCUGGAAGAGUUCCUGGACAGGUAUCUGUACUCUGAUAGGCUGAAGGUCUUCGGCCCGCUCAUCAUGGGCAUCGGCAUCUUCCUCUUCAUCUGUGCCAACGCCGUCCUGCAUGAGAACCGGGACAAGAAGACGAAGGUCAUCAACCUUCGGGACAUCUACUCCACCGUCAUCGACCUCCACAGCGUCCGGAAGCCCCGCCCUUCUUCCUCCGCCCACCAGCCGUUAGCCAAUCCACUCAAUGGACUCAUCAACUACGUCCAGUCCAAGAGUCUGGACUCAAAGUCCCAGAUGUGUCCCGCCGCCCUGUCGUCAAGGCAGCCAGCCAGUAGCAGGAGGUGCAGUGAUGAAGGAGGAGGAGUCUUCAGUGUCUGCCAGGAGCAUCCGCCUGCAUCUCCUCCCUCCUCCUCUAACAGACACUCCCUGCCCCUGACCUCUGACCCCUGCUGGACCUCCAACACAAAGAUAUGCUGAGCUCCUUCACGUUGCCCCGGUCCCGCCAGCCGUCCCGCCAGCGGUCCCCCGGCCCCCGCAGGAGACACUCCUUCUGGGCCAGGAGCAGCGGCCAGGAGGAGGAGCAGAAGGAGGAGGAGAUGCAGCCGCCGCCUCUGUGUGCCUCCACUCCUCCGCCUCACCGAGGCUCCGAGGCUCUGCUCCUCCUCUCCUCUUCCUCGCUCUCCUCCCUGUCCCAUGUCCUCUCCUCCUCCUCCACUCCAGCCCUCCCCUGCAGGAGGCGGAGUCUUCCGACCGCCGCCUUUAACGCAGCCUACUGCAAGCUGACGCAAGGAGACGACGAGUCCUUCGGGUGGUCUUCUUCACCCAAGGUGACCCGGAGGUGGAGGCUCGACCCUCACAACCAGAGACACCCUGAGGUCCCGCCGGCCCCCUGGGGGGAGGAAGAGGAGGAGGAUUGACUGACGAAGUCGAUGAUGACAGCAGCAGCAAUAAAGAGUCUUCCACCGGGGAGAUGAGCCAACUUCCUGUUCAUCAGUGAUGUGGUGGGACCCAGUCUCACCAGAACUGGACCCACUUGACCCAAACGGAUCCAUUGAGGAGACCACAGAUUGUCUUCAUGUCCCUGUUUACACUAACUAACUAAACCAGAUUAACCCAAACAGAUCCAACUGAUCCAAGAUGACUCGAUUUAUUAUCAGAUUUAUUCCAGAACUGCAGCUGGUUCUGGUCAGUCUAGAUCAGGGGAGCUCAAACUUUUUGAGACCAAGAUCUACUUUUUCUCUCACCAGCCGGCUGAGAUCUACCUCAUGACACGAAGACAUAGAAAUUAUAGAUGAAACCCUAUUGACUCAUUUUCAUGCAAAUAUCCAUCAGUUUUAUCAGAAAUGAUAAAGUUAUAGAAAACCUGAUGCAGUUUCUUCCUCAGUGAGAUUCUGACACUGGGAGCAGGUUACUGGUUUCAGUAGGUUACUGGUUUCAGUAGGUUACUGGUUUCAGCAGGUUACUGGUUUCAGCAGGUUACUGGUUUCAGCAGGUUACUGGUUUCUCAGUCAGAAGCUGGUUGUAAACCUGAGGCCAGCAGCUGUCAGUCAGUUAUAGUAGAUGAGAAAUUUGGUUUGAUGACGUCAAUAUGAGAAACUGCAGACUGAUGGGAGGAACCAAAGAGCUCUGCAGAGGUAAAGGCAAAUCUUCUGAAUUU